AGUCGCCGGGUGUUGGAGGUCGGGCAUGCCAUGUAACAUCCUCUGCGAAAUGCAUAUGUAAGCGCCGAAAAGAGUGACAUUAACGUGAAAUUACAGAGAAAUGUGCCACCGACUCCUCUCUGAACAGCACCUCCUCCUGACCCGGGUGGACUAAAAGUGAGAAGGAGCUCGCGGAGGAGAGAGAGGAGGACAGAAAGUUGUCCGUCCGGUUUGUCCUACAAAAGGCGCCCAGAGUCUGACAGCAGCAGCGGGACUAGAGUGCGCAGGCCCGGCUGCAUCCAGAGGACUUCAUGACAUAAUAAAGACUGUGCUUUUGGCAGAGGGAAGCAAGAUAAAACAUGAGGAAGGACGUGAGGAUCCUGCUCGUAGGGGAGCCCAAGGUGGGGAAGACGUCACUGAUAAUGUCUCUGGUCAGUGAGGAGUUUCCAGAUGAGGUUCCUCUGCGAGCUGAAGAGAUCACCAUCCCAGCUGAUGUCACCCCAGAGAGGGUCCCCACACACAUAGUAGACUACUCAGAAGCAGAACAGUCGGACGAGCAGCUGUACCAAGAAAUAUCAAAGGCGAAUGUUAUCUGCAUAGUUUACUCAGUCAACAACAAGAAGUCCAUUGAAAAGGUGACAAGCCACUGGAUUCCCCUCAUAAAUGACAGAACGGACAAGGACAGCAGGGUUCCUCUGAUCCUUGUGGGGAACAAGUCGGACCUGGUGGAACACAGCAGCAUGGAGACCAUCCUGCCAAUCAUGAACCAAUACCAGGAUAUCGAGACCUGUGUAGAGUGCUCUGCCAAAAACCUGAAGAACAUCUCUGAGCUGUUCUACUACGCCCAGAAGGCUGUUCUCCACCCGACAGGACCCCUGUACUGCCCCGAGGAGAAGGAGUUGAAGCCCGCUUGCAUCAAGUCUUUAACUAGAAUCUUUAAAGUGUCUGACCUCGACAACGACGGCAUCCUUAAUGACAACGAGCUCAACUUCUUCCAGAGAACAUGUUUCAAUACGCCACUAGCGCCUCAGGCCUUAGAGGAUGUAAAGAACGUGGUCAGGAGGAACAUGGCCGAUGGAGUCAAAGACAACGGACUCUCGCUCAAAGGCUUCCUGUUUCUGCACACGCUCUUCAUCCAGCGAGGUCGACAUGAGACCACCUGGACUGUUCUGAGGAGGUUUGGUUAUGAUGACGACCUGGAGCUCACACAGGAAUACCUCUUCCCCAUGAUAAAGAUCCCCGCCGACUGCACCACAGAGCUCAACCACAACGCUUACCUCUUCCUCCAGAGUGUCUUUGACAAACACGACAAAGACCGAGACUGUGCUCUGUCUCCAGAGGAGGUGAAGGACCUGUUCAAGGUGUUUCCCUACAUGCCCUGGGGUCCAGACGUCAACCACACGGUCUGCACCAACGACCAGGGCUGGAUCACAUACCAGGGAUACCUCUCCCAGUGGACGUUAACAACAUAUUUAGAUGUCCAGCGUAGUUUGGAGUAUUUAGGUUAUCUCGGCUACUCCAUCAUCUAUGAACAGGAGUCCCAAGCUGCUGCCAUAACAGUAACACGGAACAAACGCAUCGAUCUGCAGAAGAAACAGACGCAGCGCAGCGUCUUCCGCUGCAACGUGUUGGGGGCUCGAGACAGCGGCAAGAGCGGCUUCCUCCAAGCUUUCCUGGGGAAGAACCUGCAGACACAGAGGCGGAUCAGAGAAGACCACAAGUCCUUCUACGCCAUCAGCACCACCUACGUCUACGGCCAGGAGAAGUACCUGCUGCUCCACGAGGUGAUGCCAGACUUUGACUUCCUGUCGGAGGCCGACCUCGCCUGCGACGUGGUCUGUCUGGUGUACGACGUCAACAACCCACGCUCUUUUGAAUACUGCGCCAAAGUGUACAAGCAAUACUUCAUAGACAGCAAGACGCCCUGCGUUGUGAUCGCCGGCAAGUCUGACCUGCACGAAGUACGGCAGCACUACAGCCUCUCUCCCAACGAGUUCUGCCGUAAACACAAGCUCCACCCGCCCCAGGUCUUCACAUGCAACACCACCGAGACCCCCAACAAGGACAUCUACACUAGACUCACCACCAUGGCCAUGUACCCCCACGCCCGUCUCCGCUGCAUGUGUGCCUCCAACAGGUGCACCUAUUGCCUGUGUCAGAACCUCCUGAAGCUGGAGCUGCUGCGCAGCAUUAAGGCCCAGCUCCGCAGGGUCCUGUUCAACAGGUUGUGUGUCUGGGUGGAGGCGGUGGGGGGCUACCUGCUGUCAGAGCAGGAUUUCAGCCUGACGCAGCAGGUUUCAGCCGUCUCCAACAUGGAGGGGUCCGUCUUUAUGGAGGUCUCUGCUGAGCAGCUAAUCCCCCCUCUCAGACACAUGGCCCAGGCGGACCUGAAGAACUCGACCUUCUGGCUGAGAGCGAGCGUGGGCGCCACCGUCUUCGCCGUUCUGGGCUUCGCCAUGUACAGAGCUCUGCUCAAACAGCGGUGAUCACACGGCGCCACGCGGCUGUUCCCUCCUGUUGACACCCCCCCUCCUCUCCACCUCCACCUGAAAGACUCUAAAGGACUGGCUGACUAACCAUUGCCUCCGCCCCAACCCCCCCCCCCCUCUUGACUCCACCUCAUCCCCUUCCCACAAUGCAACACGGGCAAGAAACAAACAUUUUAUAUGCAUUUAGAAAUGAAGAGUGGUUACCUUUUCUGUUAAUGUCGUGGGGCUAAAGGGGGCAGGUUACUGUUGAAAUUUCACAUAUUUGAAUUUGUAAAUGCUGACAUUCUGUGAUCUGUUGGUCUAGUCUAGUCUAGUCUAGUCCAGGUCAGACGCUACUAGUCACAGCUGAUCCAUCCCGUAGGAAAAAUGAGUUGCUCAUGUGUUGCUUAAUCUCUUCUCGUAGAUCAGUUUGAGCUUCUCAUAUUCAUUCUGUCAUCAUUUGUUUCUAAGAUAAGCUGAAAAGA